AUGCUCACGCGGGUGAAGUCGGCCGUGGCCAAUUUUAUGGGAGGUGUGAUGGCUGGUGGCUCCAACGGAGACCAUCCCAGCGGCUCGGAUCUGCCGCUGAAAUUCCCGUACACCAGACCGGAGUUCCUGGGACUGUCGCCGGACGAGAUAGAGUGUUCGGCGGAUCACAUUGCAAGACCGAUCCUUAUACUAAAGGAGAACAAGCGGCUGCCAUGGUCCACCGGCUACGCAGAGGUAAUCAAUGCAGGAAAAAGCACAUUAAAUGAAGAUCAGGCUUGCUGUGAGGUGCUGGUUCUUAAGAGGAGACCUGCUGGAAGCAUCGGUCCCAACCGUGCCCCCAUGACCCGCAGGAGAUCGUCCCUACCUAACGGUGAGGGUCUGGGCCUCCAGGAGAACCUGGACAGCUCUGAAGACCUAACUUUACACUACUGGGCGUUGUUUGAUGGUCACGCCGGCUCCGGGGCAGCUGUAAUGGCAUCCCGUCUUCUCCAUCACCACAUUGCCCUGCACCUUCAGGAAGUGAUGGAGAUCCUCUGCACUCCUGACCUCGUGCCGCCCACGUGCCUGAGUGAGGAACCUAUCAAUCACCACCUCACCCCUUCAUCUCAGCGUGUCCUUACAAGGGCUGCAUCGCUCCGGGGUGCCGCAGGGGCUCCGGGAUCCCCCAGCACCCCGCCGACACGCUUUUUUACAGAGAAGAAAGUGUCACAUGAGAGCCUGGUGAUUGGAGCCAUCGAGAAUGCCUUCAAAGACAUGGAUGCACAGAUAGAAAAGGACAAGAGUGUCUACAACAUCUCAGGAGGCUGCACAGCGCUGGUGGUCGUCAAUCUACUCGGAAACCUCUAUGUUGGGAAUGCUGGGGACAGCAGAGCUAUCAUUAUCCGGUCUGGGGAAGUCAUUCCCAUGUCAGCAGAGUUCACGCCAGAGUCAGAGAGACAGCGACUGCAGUUCUUGGCCUACAUGCAGCCCCACUUAUUAGGGAACGAGUUUACACAUCUGGAAUUUCCACGGAGAGUGCAGAGGAAGGAGUUGGGGAAGAGGAUGCUGUAUCGUGACUUCACCAUGUCUGGAUGGGCGUAUAAAACCAUAGAGGAAGAUGACCUGAAGUUUCCCCUGAUCUAUGGCGAAGGGAAGAAGGCUCGUGUAUUGGCGACCAUCGGGGUCACCAGAGGUCUCGGAGACCACAGUCUCAAAGUGCACGACUCCAACAUUUACAUUAAGCCCUUCCUGUCCUGCUGCCCAGAGGUCAGAGUUUAUCGCUUAGCGCAGUGUGAGCACGGGGCCGAUGACGUUCUGGUGCUGGGAACUGACGGACUGUGGGACGUCCUCUCCAACCAGGAAGUAGCUGAAGCAGUCGCCUGUUUCCUGGCAAACUGCGACCCUGACGAUCAGCACAGGUACACAAUGGCAGCUCAAGACCUCGUAAUGAGAGCAAGGGGGGUGCUGAAGGAUCGAGGCUGGAGGAUAUCCAACGACAGAUUAGGCUCCGGAGAUGACAUCUCCGUCUACAUCAUUCCCCUCAUGUAUGGAAACAAGCAGAACUAGCCAAGCUACGAAACCGCAACCUCCGCUUGAAACACAACCCUGCCUUGACCUUUUAAACUUCACAUCUGCAGUUUACCUCAUUUUCCUUGUUCUCUUUUUUUAAAGUGCUUUAGUGCUUGUUUCUGAUCAGAAGUGGGAUUUCUAUCCAGACUGCUCCCUGAUUAUUCUCAAUCAGGGUGAUUUCUUUUUGUCUAGUCUUUUUUUUUUUAAUUGAAAAGAAACAAUCAUAAAAGGAGUUGUUAAUUAUUUUUUUUUUUUUAAUUCUUGUGGAAGCCAUCCUUAGCUUUGCUGUGAACCUGAACUCUCAUUUGAGAUGAUGACAUCUCAGGACUGCUGUUACGAACUAAUGCACAAUAUUUAAUAAUGUGAAAAUGUAAAUACUCUGAAACGUAAGGCAUUAGAUAAGUGUGUUUGGUUGAACAUCUGUACAGUGUAAAAAAAAAA